AUGGCUAUCCUACCGAUGAUGUCCGCGCUGGUGCUUGCGCUGGCAUCAUGGACCGCACCAGUGCUCGCCCAGAGCCAGGCCGACUACUUCGUUCACGAUUUGCCCGGCGCCCCGAAAGAGCCAUUCAUCAAGAUGCACGCAGGCCACGUUGAAGUCACCCCCGAGCACAACGGAAACCUCUUCUUCUGGCACUUCCAGAACCAGCAUAUCGCAAACAGGCAGCGCACCGUCAUCUGGCUAAACGGCGGCCCUGGCUGCAGUUCCGAAGACGGUGCCUUGAUGGAGAUUGGCCCCUACAGAGUCAAGGAUAAGGACACCCUAACCUACAAUAACGGCUCCUGGAACGAGUUCGCGAACCUGCUCUUCGUCGACAACCCCGUUGGAACCGGUUUCAGUUAUGUCGACACCAACGCAUACCUGCACGAGCUCGACGAGAUGGCCGAGCAAUUUGUCAAGUUCCUCGAGAAGUGGUUCGCCAUGUUCCCCGAGUACGAGCAUGACGACAUCUACAUUGCAGGUGAAUCAUACGCUGGCCAGCACAUUCCUUACAUCGCGAAGGCGAUGCUCGAGAGGAACAAGAAGCCCGGAACAAAGACCAUCUGGCACUUGCAGGGUCUCCUGCUCGGAAACGCUUGGAUUUCUCCCAAGGAGCAGUACGAUGCCUACCUCAAGUAUGCCUACGAGAGGAAGCUCAUUGAGAAGGGCUCGCCCGUCGCUCUGAAGCUUGAGCAGCAAUGGCGCAUCUGCCGAACAUCGCUUGCCGUCGAGAAUACUGUGGACUUUUCCGAGUGCGAAACUGUCUUGCAGGAUUUGCUCGCCGAGACGGCCAAGGUGAACGCCAAGGGCCAGCGCGACUGCAUCAACAUGUACGACAUCCGCCUCAAGGACACGUACCCUUCGUGCGGUAUGAACUGGCCUCCCGACUUGGUCAACGUUACUCCCUACCUCAGAAGAGCCGACGUCGUCAGCGCUCUCCACAUCAACCCUCAAAAGAACACCGGCUGGAAGGAGUGCAACGGCGCGGUUGGCGCUGCCUUUAGAGCCAAGAACUCGAAGCCUUCGAGAGAUUUCUUGCCCGACCUUUUGAAGGAGGUUCCCGUCAUCCUCUUCUCCGGUGCCGAGGACCUCAUUUGCAACCAUAUGGGAACUGAGCAGAUGAUUGGCGACAUGGAAUGGAACGGCGGAAAGGGAUUCGAGAUUUCACCCGGAAACUGGGCGCCGCGCCGCGAUUGGACUGUGGAAGGCGAGCCUGCGGGAUUCUGGCAGGAGGCGCGCAACCUCACCUACAUCCUCUUCUACAACUCCUCCCACAUGGUUCCUUUCGACUACGCCCGCCGCUCCCGCGACAUGCUUGACCGUUUCAUGAAGGUCGACAUCAGCUCCGUUGGCGGAACGCCUACCGACUCCCGACUGGACGGUGAGACUGGCCCCGCCACAUCGGUCGGCGGCAUCGGCAACAGCACCAACACCGAUGAAGAGACGCAAAAGAAGCUGGACGAGGCCAAGUGGAAGGCAUACUACCGCUCAGGCGAGAUCGUCUUGGUCAUCGUCGUCAUUGCCGCCAGCGUCUGGGGCUGGUACAUCUGGCGCGAGCGUCGCAAGCGCAGGGGCUACCAGGGUCUCAUGGGCGGCCCACCGGCAACGAGCCAGAGAGGCGGCACGCGGGGCCUCGAUGGUUUCCGUGACAGGCGUAGCGGCCGGGACGUGGAGGUAGGCGACUUUGACGAGAGCGAGUUGGACGACCUGCAUGUGACAACCCCGACCCACGAGAUGGACAAGGAUCGGUACAGCGUCGGAGGGGACAGCGACGACGAGCCCCAGGAGAAGAAGCCCUCGGGGGCGGCCAACGGCAGCCGCUCGAGGUAA